AUGCCGGUGAAGAACCGGUACAACCUGGUGGACGAUGGCUGCGACUCCCGCGUCCCGCUGCACAACGAGGAGGCCUUCCAGCACGGCAUCCACUUCCAGGCCAAGUACAUCGGGAGCUUGGACGUGCCCAGGCCCAACAGCCGCGUGGAGAUCGUGGCAGCCAUGAGGAGGAUCCGGUAUGAAUUCAAAGCCAAGAACAUUAAGAAGAAGAAGGUGAGCAUCAUUGUGUCCGUGGACGGGGUGAAGGUGAUCCUGCGCAAGAAGCAGAAGAGAAAGGAGUGGACCUGGGACGAGAGUAAGAUGGUGGUGAUGCAUGAUCCAGUGUACAGAAUUUUCUAUGUCUCUCAUGACUCGCAAGACCUGAAAAUAUUCAGUUACAUCGCACGGGACGGCGCCAACAACUCCUUCAGGUGCAACGUCUUCAAAUCCAAGAAGAAGAGCCAGGCCAUGCGCGUGGUGCGCACCGUGGGACAGGCCUUCGAGGUGUGCCACAAGCUGAGCCUGCAGCACGCCCUGCAGAACGCCGACGGGCAGGCCGAUGGCGCCAGCGACAAAUCGGCCGAGGAGCAGCCGCUGGAAGUUCACCAGAUAAAGGGCUCCAAGAUCACGGAUGUGGACGAGGUUGGCAUCGAUGCUGGGGGCAUCUGUGUGUCCGAGAGGGGACCCAGAGAGCUGCCAGGUGCCAGGGGGGACCUUGGCAUGCUGAAACCUGGGCAAGCCUCAAAGGAAAAGAACGGCCAGGAUGCCGAAAACUGCUCCCUCCACCUGGCCAGCUCCCAGCAGCUGCUCAGUCCGGGCAGCCCCUGCUCCUCGGCCUCCAUCACCCCGCUGGCCUCCCAGCACUGCCUCCAGCUGCUCCAGCAGCAGCUCCUCCAGCAGCAGCAGCAGACGCAGGUGGCUGUGGCCCAGGUGCAGCUGCUGAAGGACCAACUGGCUGCCGAGACAGCGGCGCGGAUCGAGGCGCAGGCCCGGGUGCGGCAGCUCCUGCUGACCAACCGCGACCUGCUGCAGCACGUCUCGCUGCUGGUGCGGCAGCUCACAGUGCUGGAGGCCCGGGAGGAGCACCGGGAGGAGCAUCGGCAGCCGGUUGACCACUCCUUGCAAAACCUGUCCCUGGCUCAGUCUCUCUCCCUGAACCUGAAGAACCACUACAGCCUGGAUGUCCACCUGCCAUCCACCUCCACCCCUGCCAGCAUCCUGGGCAGCCCGGUGGCCCCCGGCUCGCUGCCUUCCCUGGGCCCCAGGGACUCCUACCUCAACCUCGUCAGCCUGGACAGGGGCAGCCACGGCUACGGCAGCAAGGAGGGGGACGAGUGCCUGGAGGGGCAGGAGGGGCUCAGCCGGCGCGUGGAGGGCUCCGAGGUCGGCGACUUCGCUCUGCCCAACGGGGGCAGCCGGCAGAAGGCAGACGACACGGCCAGAGGGGACGAGGACAGGCGGCAGCCGCCCAUUCCCAAGCUCAACCCGCCACCCCCCAUCCUACGCAAAAGGUCCAGCAAGACCUCCCCAAGCCUGGAAGUGGAGGUGAAGCCCGAGAGCACUGCCCACCUGAGCCUACCCAGUGCCAGCAUCUCCAGCCUCACCAGCAUCACUGCCAGCUCCCUCACCCUCUUGGACCCUGAGGCAAGGACUCCUGCACGGAGCGUUGCCUCCAGCACGGAGCCCGGCCCUGCCGGGACCUGCCAGCGCACUCUGGGCAAGGACAGGACUGGAGAGAGUGGGCCAAUGUCCCCCUUGGCCAGCAUCCAUGACCCAGCAGCCAGCGAGACCCUGGCCAAGGAGUUAGUGGCCCUGGGCAGCCCCACGGACAGCUCACUGCCCUUCUCCCCUGCAGAUGACACCUGCUUGCACAUCAGCUUCUCUGAAGAUGAGCUGGACACUGCUGUGGGGCCCAGCAGAGUCCCCUCUUAAUGGGGCUACAGUAGGUGGUAGCUGGUGGCUGGCAGCCCCAGCAGCUCCAUCCACAACCCUGAGCUGGGAGUGGGGGUCCCUGUGCCCAGGCUACGAGACAGGUCCCUUUCCUGUCCCUGUCCCACAUAAUGGCUUCCCUCACCACCUAGAGGCCACCCCACAGGCUGGGACUGGCCAGCCCUGCCUCAGUUGGCACCAGCUCACACUGCUGUCACACUGCCAUCCUGUCCCUGCUCACAGCCAGGGAUGCUCACAGCAGAGAAUUCCCAGGGAGCUGCAGGCUGGAAGCCCUGGGCAGGGCUGUGGGACAAGAGACUGUUCUGUUCAUCAUUGCCACCCGUGGCAGCCUGAGCAGGGCCAUGCAGCACAGCCCUGGUGUCACUGCCCUGCCCAGCUCCCCAGGGUGUGUCCCAGACUGCCACCAUGCUGGGUCUCUCCAGAGCUGCCAGUGUCCACCAGCCCCACACUGUGCCCAGCCCUGCUUUGGGGACAGCAGCCCCACCACUGUGUCCCCAUGCAGUGAAGCCACCACUGCCUCCAUAGGUGCCUUUUCCCACUCCCCAGCACCCACUGCCCACACAGGCUGGGCCACCCCUCUGAGGCCACGGAUGGGUGCAGGGCUGGCCAUGGGAGCCUGCAGCAGGGGGGGUGACACCCUAAGGAAGGGUGCACCCCAUGUCUUGGGGUCAGGGCAGAGCCCUCCCGUGCCCCCCGAGCUGCUGGUGGCUGCAGGCAGGAGGCUGCUCCUUGUGCUGAUUUUAGGGUGUUAUGGUGUGGGUUGGGUUUGGUCUCAGAAAUGUGAGUGUUCUGGGAGGAGUUAAGGUUUAAGGAAGAAGUGGAGUGAUGCUCAUCCACCUUGGUUGUUUGUCAGAGGGUGUUGGGAAAGUGUCAGAGAGUCGAGUUGGGAAGUGUCAAGCAGAAAGGGAGACUUGGAGCAGCCGUGCUGCCUGUCCCUGGCAUGGUGCUGCUCCUACAGGGAGAGGAGGGUGACAGGACAUGCACCCAGAGCCAGCCAUGGCAGUGACAGAGCCAGGACGGGGCUGGGGACUGGGCUGGGGGUUGUAAAGCUUAGCUGGGCUGUCCUGUAGUGCAGUAGUGACAGCCCCGCCCCUCCAUAGGACACUGCGGUUUGGUAAUGGACUUUUAAAGAAAAAAAUAAACAGAUUUACAGAGCCAGUGCUGUGUCUCUGCCCCGUGGGGCCCGUGCACAGGGGUCCUGAG